AUGGCUGCAGACCUCACCGCUGCGAUAAAGCGCUGCAAGCUCUCGCCCGAGGCUGGCGCUGCGGAGCUGCGAAAAGCGCUCGAGGAGACCCACGAGCUCGCAAGCGCCGCCGACGCCGCGGCCGCGGCGGCCGCGUCGCUCAAAUCCGGCAGCGCGACGGCGCGCGGCCACGCGCUCGCCGCGUGCAUCCUGCUCGCGGGAUUAGUGGAAGACGCCAACGACGCGGCGGACGCCGUUGCCGCCGUGCUCGAGACGGCGACGGACUGGGCCGCGCGCGGCGCGCUCGCCGGCGGCCUCAUGGCCCUCGCGGCGAACGCCGGCGCCGGCGCCGGAUUUGUAAGGGCAACAAAAGCGACGGCCGCCGCGGCGACGAAGGCGAGCGGCGGCGGCGACGACGCGGCGGCCGCGGCCGCGCGCGCUGCCUGCUGGGCCGCGUGCGCGGUCUGCGGCGCGAGUCUGCGGGAGCCCGUCGCCGACGUGACGAAGGCCCUAUCACAGGACCUGAAAACCGCGGCGGCGCCCGCCUCCCGAAGCCGGGCGCCCGCGGCGCUCCGCGCGGCGGCCUCGCUGCUCCACGAGGGGCCUGGCGACGAGCCCCUCGAGGCGAACGCUUCACCAACGGAAACGGAGAAGUCGCCCUGGGUCGCGUCGUUGCGCGAGGCGCUGCCCGCGCUCGAGGCUCUGGCGCCCAAGGCGCCUCCCAAAAAACCGAAGGCCGCGGGCCCCGCCUACGCGGCAGCCCAGAACGUCCUGGCUCUACUAUCUGCCACGCCCAAGGCGCGGGCCAAAACCCUAGGUGUGGCCGCGACGGACGGUGGCGCCGUUUUAUGGGGAGGCGCCGACGCUUCCUCAAAGUGGGCCGCCGCGUCUGUACUGAGACGCGCUUUUGACGGAGAGGCCGUGGCGUCCUUCUCGAGUGUGUCGCCCCACUGCUGGCGGGGCCUCGCGCGCGCGGCGACGACGCGCGAGGCGUACGUGCGCGUCGCCGCGCGGCGGGCGCUGCGCGCGGGAAUUGGGAAGUGGCCCAAGGCCGUGGCGUCGUCGCACGCCGAGGAGCUGUGGGGGCUGGCCCGGAUUUGUGAGAGGGGCGACGGCCCGAAGCCCAUCGAUGAGGAGGGCAAUCCCGAGGCCGCGAGGCCCGACCUGCGGCGGGCCGUCGCGGAUCUGCUGCGGGAGACGCGGCCCCUCGAGGCGUUUUCCCCCGUCUUGACGGCGAACCUCGCGCUGCUGUGUCACCACGCCGCCGUGGCGUCGCCCAAGGUCUCGGCGAGGCUCUGGCGGCGCGUCUCUGGCAAGUGCGCGCUCAACGACGCCGGCCGCGACAUCCUCAAGGACGCGCUCCUCGCGGUCGAUGAUGAACCUACAGCUGUCACGAACGAACGCCGCGCCGCCGCCGCCCGAGCCUUCGCCGCCCUGAAUGCGGACGCGUGGCCCCUGGUCGCGGACGCGCUGCGCGAGGCGACCGCCAAUGCACCGUCCGCGGACGCGCGCAAGGCCUGGGCGGGUGCCGUAUCAAGCGAAGCCGACGCGCCGUCGCUCUUCGAAGGUACGAGUACCGCCAAGCCCAAGGCGGCUGUCAAAAGCGCGAAGCGCGGCAAGCUCUACGGCUCCGACGACGCCGCCUGGGAGUCCGAGGUGCGCAAGGACCUCGCGAAGAAGAAGACUGGGACCGUGGACAACGCCGUAUCAAAACGCGUCGCCGAAGUGAGCCAAGAGGUCGCCUCGUACCGAGCGACGGCGACGGCCGCCGUCGACGCGUUUGUAGCGCUAUCAAACGCGGGCGCGUUUUCAUCGGGAACGCGCGACGCGUUGGACGCGCUCGCGGCGCUCGACGCGGCGGUGCCGGAUCUGAACGCAUCGACGGGCUUCGCUGCGAUCGGCAAUUCGUCGGUGCUCGGCGCGGCGCUCGCGCUCGCGCACGGUCACAGCGUCGACGCCGUGCUGACCUCGAACGACUCCAUCCAGAGACGGGUUGUAGAGAGAGGCCUCGUCGUGCUGGGCGAACGGGAAGCAGCGCCGGAGUGCCUCGCGUUAGCUUGUGCCGCGCUCGAGGCGGCGCCGGCGUGCUUCUCCGGAAACUUGCCGAACUACGAGCCGCCUCUACGAAGCGCUAUUGUGGCUGCGGCGCGCGCCCUGCAGCGGUGCGUGGGCGCGCCGCAUCUGGUAAGAGCCGAUUGCGUUUCGGCGACGCUCGCGCUCACGCGCGCCGCUGCCCUGGACGAUCAGCUCCGGUUGGCGCUCGACAAGGCUAAUAUAGAGGUGGACGCGACCGCCGCCGCGCUCUGCUCUACAAAAUGCGACGCCGCGACCACGUCUAUCUUGUGCGGCGCCGGCCCCCGCGCCGCCGGCCUGCUCUCGGCUGCCCCGGCGGAGCGCCGCGCGGCGCGCGGUGCUUUGAGCGAGGCCCUCGCGCAUAAUUCGCCGCUCUCGGACGCGUCCGAGGCCGCCGCGGCCGUCUCCUCAUAUUUUGAAGACGACGCCGCCGAGACGCCGCUCCCUACCAAACCUGCGGCGGACGCCCUCGUGGCGCUCGCGUUAGAUGAUGCCGACGACGACGACGCGUAUGCAAACGCGCGGGCCGCCGCGCGGCGCGCGUGCGCCGCCGUCGACGGCGACGUCUGGUCGGCGUGCCGCGCCGCGUUCGACGCGGCCGCGGCGCCGCCCGAGGAAGCGUCGUCGUCGAACGUCUUCGCGGCGCCGGGCGACGACUCUCUCGAGCGCUCCGCCGAGGCCAAGGCCCAGGAGCGUUCUUCUAAAGCGAGACGGCGGCGCCGCGCCGCGCAGCUGCUGGCGGCGCUCUGCGCGGCGGGAAAGGCACCCGGCGACGCGUUUCCCUGGGUCGUGUCCAAGCUCGACGACCCCGACGACGGCGUGCGGUCGUCCGUCGUCCAGCUGGGCGUCGCGUGCGUCGACGCGGAUGGCGACGACGGCCUCGCCGUCAAGAUCAAGGCGUGCGAGGACGCGCUCGCGAAGGCCACGUCCUGCGAGGCCGUCACGCUCCUAGGCGCGGCGGCGUCGCACCUCGCGCCCGACGAUGUGAGAGUCGCGGACGUCGCCGACCGGCUGGUGGACGUCUUGGUCGCGACGACGAAGGCCGACGAGCCCCCUCCUCCACCAAAGGAAGUGAAGAAGAAGCCGCGCGCCGUCGCGGCGAAGACGGGCAUCGCCGCCAUCGGCAUGGCGCCCCAGAAGAAGAACCCCUUCGCGAAGCGAGGUUCAGGGCCGGCCAAGCCUAGGUUAGGUGCCGCCGACAUUGGUGGUUUGAGGAAAACGCGCGCCGAGCGCGAAGGGAGCGUGCCCGAGAAAAAACAAAGGACCUUUGAUAUCAAGCCCGUGGCCGACUGCCUCGGCAAGCUCGCCAAGACCAUGAAGAAGACGCACGCCGAACGCGCGGGCAGCUUAGUAGAAAGGCUGCGGGAGACGAGCUUUAGUGAUAGGGACCCGGCGACGCGGCGGAAGGCGUCAACGGGUCUGGCGGCGGUGGUCAAGGGGCUGGGCAUCGGCGCGCUGAAGAAGCAGGAAGUUGUGGAACGUAUUAGAGAUGCUUUAGAUGCGCGAGCGGCGGGCGGCGACUUGAAUGCGGCGCACGGCGCCCUGUCCUGCAUCGAGGCGCUGGCGAAGACGUUGGGGGUGCUCUUCGAGCCCUACGAGAUCAAGUUGCUCGCGCCGCUGUUGAAUUGCUUUGCUGAUUCAAGUGACGUGGUCCGGAACGCCGCGAAGAACGCCGCUCGCGAGGUCUUUGGGGGUCUCUCGGCCCACGGCGUCAAACUCGCACUACCGGACGUGCUCAAGCAAGCCGCCGGCGAGGAGACGACAUCGUGGCGGGCGCGAGUCGCCGCGAUCGAGAUGCUCGGCGCUACCGCGAGUUGUGCCCCGAAGCAACUCGGCGCGGUGCUGCCGAAGGCCGUGCCCGCUCUGGCCGACGCUUUGGCGGACACGCACGAUGGGGUAAGAGAGGCGGCGCGGAAAGCGCUGGAAGAGGUCUUCUCCGUGGCGUCGAACCCGGAAGUCCGGGCCGCUCGCAAAGAGUUACUUGCCGCUUUAUGUGAUCCCGCGCACUGCACGUUGCAAGCGUUGGAGGCCCUCGAACAGCGAGAAUUCGCACGAGCGCCCGACGCGCCGGCCUUGGCGUUGUUGGCGCCCAUCCUCGCGCGGGGGCUGCGAGAUCGCGCCGCGCUCACGAAACGACGGGCGGCACUGGUCUGCGGCAACCUGGCCGCGUUGUGCGCGGGGACGGCCCAGGAGCAGGCCCUCGCGCCGCACCUCCCGCUAUUCCAGCCGCUGCUCGAGACGAACGCCGUGGGCGACGCGCACCCCGACGUGCGCCUGGCCGCGGCGACCGCGCUCGCGCAAGUCGUCGACGCGCUGGGCGUGGACCGCGUGCCGUUCAUCAUCCAACGCUUGACGAGGGCGGCGCUGUCGCGGACGGAACCCGACGAGUGCGGCGACAUCAUCGCGAAGAAAGGGGACGAGGUGCUGGCCGCGGGGGCGUCGGAAAGAUCGGGCGCGGCCCAGGCCUUGUCGCUGGUCUGCGUCGAGAGCGGGACCGUGUCGGCUCUCAUGCGGGAUGAUUUAGUGCCUUUAUCUCGACAUCAAACGCCGGCGGCACGCGAGGGCGCGUUGUGGUGUUUGAGAUUCCUCGCGCGGGACGACGCGGACUUUGGGGACCACGUGCAGGACGCGUUGAAGGCCGUGCUGGACGGGUUGGCCGACGACGCCGACGCGAUUCGGGACGUGGCCUUGUUGGCGGGCAAACAACUGGUACGAGCGCACGGCGACGCGCAGCUCCACGUGCUACUACCGUCGCUCGAAGGCCAGCUGCUCGGACCGAGAUGGCGCCUCCGCGAGGCCGCUGCCCGUUUAUUGGGAGAGUUACUCUGCCUUAUUGGCGACGCCAGGCAAGUGGGCGUCGCCGAAUUCGACGACGCCGACGCGGCUUUGGGUGAUGAAGAAACGGCGAACAAGCUGCGGAAGCGCAUCGGCGGCGCGGCCUGGCGCAACACUAUUUCAUCGCUGUAUAUUGCUCGUUUAGAUGCGGUACAAGGCGUCCGGCAGGCGGCCGUCGAGGUCUGGAAGACGGUCGUGCCGAACACGCCGCGGAUGUUGAGGGAGGUCCUGGAGACGUUGGUGCGGCGUCUCGUAGCGAUGCUGACGCCCGUGUCUUCAUCACAAGACGACGCCGAGCGCUUGCAGGGCGUGCAGCAGCCCGAGUACAACACGAGCGACGACGAGGACGGCGACGAGCUCGAGGCCGACGACAUUAAUGUGGAACGGCAGCGCGUCGCGUCGCGGGCGCUGGGAGACGUCGUCCUCAAGAUCGGCGACCGCGUCAUCCCCGAGCUCAUGCCCUUGCUGCAGGAGGCGUUCGAUAAUGGAGACGAGGCGACGCGCGUCGGGGUUUGUUUGGGGUUGGCGGAGGUCUGCGGUGCUACUCCUCAAAGGCAAGCCAAUGAGAAAUUGGACCUGCUGGCGCCGCCCGUCGUUGAGGCGCUCUGCGGCCCCAACGCCUCGCCUAGGAUAACCGCGCACGCGGCCAUGGCAUUCCACGCGCUGCACGGCCAAGCCGGCCCCCGAGCUGUUGAAGAAGUGGUCCCCGAAGUGCUAAGGCGACUCGACGACGAUUCUGACGACCGGGGCGCCACACGCGCGCGGGGCGCUCUGCGCGAAAUUUGUCGGAGGCGCGCGCGCGAGCUGCUGACGGGCGUGAUUCCGCAGCUCCUGAAACGGCCCAUGUCUGAGCGUCGCGCAGACGCGCUCGGGGCCGUCGCGGACGUCGCAGCCUCGGCUUUAAGGCCCUUUGUGGCGACGGUCGUCCGGGCCGCGCUCGCGGAGCUCGGCGCGGAGACGGAACACGCAGAGGCCGUCGCCGCCGGCGCGGCGGCCGUCGCGGCGGCGGUGGCCGCGGGUGGCGACGCCAGUGCGGCCGUCGGGCCCCUCGCGUCGCCCUUCGCUGACAACGCGAAAGCCCCGUUGCGACGAGACGCGUCGACGCUGGCGGCGGCCUUCUUCCGCGCGUGCGACGAUCGGUGCGACGCCGAAGGGGCGGCGCCCGAUUGUAGAGAUAGGUUACUGGAGGCCGCACCCUUAUUACUGCGGGAGCUCCUGAACAACCUCGCGGAGCCGGACGACGCGUGUCGCGGGCAAGCGUUGGAGGCGUUAGCCUCGUACGGCGACGCGGUCGCCGUCGAGAGGCAGGCCGAGCAUUUGGAUAUGUAUAGGGCGACCUUGCAGUCGGCGGCGUCGGCGGCGCGAUUGGGACGUAAACAAGUGGAGGAGCCCGUCCCAGCCCUGAGCCGCGAUGGCGGUCUGAAGACGCUGCUGCCUCCGUAUCUACAUUCGCUGUUGCACGGCGACCCGGAGCAGCGCGAAUCGGCAGCGCUGGGCAUCGGCGAGCUCGUCCGAUUAUCAAGUGAGGCCACCCUGAAGCCCGUGGCGAUCAAGGUCGCAGGACCCCUCAUUAGGGUUGGCGGCGACCGGUUCGGCGGGCCCGUGAAGGCGGCGGUGCUCGAGGCGCUCGCGGCGCUUCUAGAAGUAGCGCCGAAGCUCGUGAAGGCCUUCGUGCCUCAAUUGCAAGCGACCUUCGCCAAGGCGCUGCGGGACCCGGCCCUCGAGGUGCGCCGAAACGGCGUCACUGCAUUGGGACUGUUGGCGCCGCUGUCGACGCGGCUCGACGCUCUGGUCACCGACCUGUCGUCGGGGGCGACGGCGGACGACGCGCCCGACGCCGUCGCCGCGGCGUGCCUGAAGGGCCUAGCAGCAGUUUUCGGGAACGCGACAGGGCCGAAGCCGCCCUCGGACGCGAGCCGCGACGCCGCGCGCGACGCGGCCGAGGCGCUCGCGGGGCACGAGGACCCCGAGGUGUCCAAGGCGGCUGCGGCGUUGUCAUCUACUCUGGGGGGUUAA